CACUGUAGUUUUUCCUGGUACAGAAACAAAUUCAUAAUUCAUGGAAUGAAAUAAUCUGAUAGAGCCAGCCGGAAUUGACUAGAAUUAUUUUUCUCUCUCUCUCUCUUUAUUGAUUGACUGGUUAGCACUGAUCAGCACUACAACAGGUCUUGCUAUAUCUCCAGUUUUGUAGAGCAUAUCCACUACCAUGGACUUAAGCCCAACUCAUUUGCCUGUAUAACCUAGACCAAGGAAAGUAUACAAACUGUAUGAUCAAUUAAUGUAUAUCCCAAGGAAUGUGAAUGAGGGAAAAAAAUUUGAAUGUGACCAGUGUUCGCUGACCCGAUUUAAUAUCAGGUGAACAGAACUCUUACUGGCUGGUACCUAUACACAUUCAGGUAUAUGGCCAUAACUAACUCACUCAUGUGUAUAGAGUAACCAGUACUAGGAUCUAACAGUGAGUGGAUUACACGACCAUGGGAAGUUCAAGCUCAGUGCCACUUUUGGUGGACCUUGCUAAACAAUCCUCAUUAGUAGAGGGAAAAGACAGAGCCAGAAUUUCUAAACUGUGUACGAAUGGACAGCUCAUCACUGAAGCAGAAGAUGGUGUUACAACACUAUAUGAAGCAUUCAGAAGGGGUGCAAGGCUAUCAAACAAUGGUCCCUGCUAUGGCUGGAAGCCUAGUCCAAAGGAACCAUAUCGAUGGCUCUCCUAUAAUGAUGUUUUGGUGAAGGCAGCUAACGUUGGAGCAGGGUUGUUAAGUAAAGGACUUAAAGCUUCCAACAAGACAUUUGUAGGAAUCUACUCCCAAAACAGAGUAGAGUAUGGCAUCAUGGAGCAGGGUUGCUACAUGUACUCCAUGGUACUGGUGCCCUUAUAUGACACAUUAGGACCAGAGGCUUGCUCCUUUAUUAUAAAUCAAGCCGACAUUGAGUUGGUGUGUUGUGACAAAAAUGUUAAAGUUCAGAAUGUACUUGAGCGUAUUAAGGAGACACCUCAACUGAAGAUGAUAGCCCUGAUAGAACCGGCCACCCCAGAAAAUGUCGCUAAAGCAAAGCAGUGUGGCAUUGAACUCAUCCAGUUCUCGGAUCUUGAGAAACUGGGAGAACAAAACCCUGUGGAACCAACGCCCGCUAAGCCAGACGAUCUGUGUGUUCUCUGUUACACAAGUGGAACAACAGGUCUUCCUAAAGGUGCCAUGCUGACUCACAAAGGAACGUUGGCUACAGUGGCAGCUACUAACAAACAGUUGGAUCCAGCUGGAAUAAGGAUCACGCCUGACGAUGUAUUAAUAUCCUACCUGCCAUUGGCUCACUCCUACGAGAGAUUACUAGAGUGCUAUCUUACAAUGUAUGGUGCUAAAAUUGGGUUUUUCCAAGGAGAUGUACGUAUGUUGAUGGAUGACAUCAAAGAAUUAAGACCCACAUUGUUUCCCUCAGUACCUCGACUGCUCAACAGAUUCUACGAUAAGGUAGUGGCCGGAACACAAGCAAGUGCUGUCAAACAGUUUAUGUUCAAGAUGGCAAUGAGCAGUAAAGAGUCGGAACUAAAACGGAGUAUUAUACGAAAAGACAGUUUGUGGGAUAAAUUGGUCUUCAAGAAGAUCCAGGAAGGACUUGGCGGGAGAGUAAAACUGAUCACGACGGGGUCUGCCCCACUGUCGGCUAAAGUGCUACAGUUCCUCCGGUGCUGUGUGGGUUGUCCGAUCUUAGAAGGCUACGGACAGACUGAGUGUCAUGCUAUUUGUUCUCUGACUGCGGUUGGUGAUGCAGAAGUUGGACAUGUGGGUAUACCGAUUGCUUGUAACUAUCUCAAGGUGGCUGAUGUUCCUGAUAUGAAUUACUUCGGCAAGGAUAACAAAGGCGAGGUUUGUGUAAAAGGGCCAAAUGUAUUUGCUGGGUACUACAAGGAUCCAGAGAAGACCAAAGAGGCCUUGGAUGAUGAAGGAUGGCUACACACAGGGGACAUAGGGGAAUGGUUACCAAAUGGUACACUGAAAAUCAUUGACAGGAAAAAACAUAUCUUCAAACUAGCACAAGGUGAAUACAUAGCUCCGGAGAAGAUAGAGAACGUGUACGUACGGAGUACGCUGGUGGCCCAGAUGUUUGUCCAUGGGGACAGUCUGAAGUCGUCCCUAGUGGGCGUGGUGGUGCCUGACCCAGAUACAUUCCCACAGUACGCCAAGUCCAAGCUCGGUAUGACAGGUAGUCUAGAGGAGCUGUCCAAGAACCCGAAAAUCAAGAAAGCAAUUCUAGAUGAUAUGGCAAAUAUUGGCAAACAAUCUGGCCUCCAUUCUUUUGAACAGGUGAAAGAUAUAUUUGUGUUCCCAGAACUAUUCUCUGUGGAAAAUGGACUCUUAACACCAACAUUUAAAGCAAAGCGAAAUGAACUGAAGGUGUAUUUUAAAAGUCAGAUUGACGAGAUGUACAGCAAACUGACGUGAAAGGAUUCCUCUGUGUGGACAUACAUUAUAUGUAGGUUGUGUAAGGCUUCGCUAUGUGUGUCUGUAUUGGUUGAAUGUGAUACUUUGAGGGGAGCCUAACUAGAGAUUGAUCUACCUUGUCAGUCUGUACAUUGGGUACCAUCUUGGUGUCUGUCUUGGUGGACAGCAUGUGAUGAAACACUUCCCAGCUGUCCUCGUUAAAACAUUCUUACUAAUUAAGAGAGACACUAUAUCUAAUUAAUAUUUCACAAAACAAAACUUAAGAUAACAGAAGUAUUUAAUGAUGUGGUGCUUGGAUAAAGAAAUUGACUGCCUGGAAGUGUUUCAUGGAAUCAUUAUGUAAUGAACUGUGAGUUACCCCCUAUAAAAAGUUUUUUUUUUAAUCAAGAUUGCACAAUGUAAAUAAAAUUAUCUACUAACUAGUCAUCACAAAAUUUUAAGAUUUUUUCAAAAUGCCAUGUGAAUGCAUCUUUAUAUGAAUUCAUAGGAUACUUUGUUGGAUAAAAUAUCAAUCAAAAUUUCACAUCAAGCACUUUCUUACAACACGAUAAUUUUAUUCAGGACCAGUCCUCCAUCAUGGACCAUGAAAGUCCAUACACUGGAGAUGGUACAAAUUUUUGUUAAGUAUGAUAUUCUCUCAGAGGUUUGUAGUGUAAAAUUACAAAAUACGUCAUUGUAUUUAUAUAGAGUAGAAUUCUGUGCCAUGUAUUUAAAAAGUGAUAUUGAACUGAAGUAAAAGAAGGUAAAGUUUCCUCUGACCCUGACACCAGACUUGGCCAUCAUGAUCUGGGGUAUCUAUCUGUUAGAUUGUCCAAGUCUGAAGUCAGGGGAAACAUCAGUCUACAGUGAAGGUAUAAUUUUAAAUUAAGUUGACUGCAUACUCAACUUGCUUCAUUGUCUGGCAAAAUUUCUUUAUUUUAAAAUUGUCAGUAUCAGGAGCAAAAACAUAGUGUGAAACUGUCCUUAAAUAAUUAGAGGUGUGAUAGAAGAAUUACUUGAGAUGAAGUACUAGUAUCUGGUAUUAUUACUGUAUUAAAGUAUUUAUACUCCUUCAAUCUGCUACAACCAUAAUGUGGUGCGUCACAGGGUGAACUGCGGGGAAUGUGUGAGUAUGUGAUGGCCACGGACAUUUUUUUACAGAUACAAAGUUGGUGUUUCACAGGGUAAACCAUAAAGUAUGUUGCAAGUAUGUGGCAGCCAUUGUCCGUAUGGUGACUUGUGGUCGAGUCGGUAUGUAAUCAGUGAGCCAGCUUUAAUGUGAAUAUGUGAUGGUGAUACAAGUGCUGGGUCUGAUAGUAAUGUAUGUGAUGGUGACAGUUGUUAAGUAGACUACAAUGUCAGUAAAUACAUAUCGGGGAGACACAUAAUGUGUGGCUAUAUUUCAUAUUAGGGGAAACACAUUAUGCUCGACUCAGUGGUCAUUUGUACAGAUUGUACAUGUAUAUUAUCUACCUGAGGGAAAUAUCAAAGUCAAAGUUGGUUUUAAAGAAUUUUAGCAAAACAACUGUCACACAUAAUAUAUUGCUUAAUGUGUUGACAAUGUAUUACAUUACAUGGUGUGUUAACAAUGUAUUACAUUACUGGGUAUGUAGACAAUGUAUCACAUUACUGGGUAUGUAGACAAUGUAUUACAUUACUGGGUAUGUAGACAAUGUAUCACAUUACUGGGUAUGUAGACAAUGUAUUACAUUACUUGGUAUGUAGACAAUGUAUUACAUUACUGGGUAUGUAGACAAUGUAUUACAUUACUGGGUAUGUAGACAAUGUAUUACAUCAAUGUGUAUAUAGACUGUGUAUCACUGUACGUUACUGGCUAUUUAUACUGAAUGGGAAUGUAUAUUUAACAGUUGUACCCAAUAUGUUUGUUUCAUUAAUGUGUUUAUUACACAUCAUGACCAUGUACCAGGUAUUUAUAGUCAGAUAUGUACCUUACAUAUACACAGAGUAAAAUUACAUAUAUAUACUGAACUUGCAUAUCUAUGUAAAAUUUGCCUUUAAAAUUACCCAGAUGAUAUGCUGGUAUAAAGUUUUGCUACUAUUUCCAGUGGUUAAAUUGUGAUUGGUGUUAAUCAAAACACAUUUCAUAUACAUGUACCAGUAUUUAGGAAGUGUGUCUUAUCAGAAAAUUUCAUAAGGAUUUUAUUUAGUUUUUUUUUCAUGGUACAGUAUUUGAAAAUAAACAUGACAUUAAGUACAGGAAUUUUUUUAUGACAUUGUGUUGAUCAAAGAUAUUGUCACAAGUGAAUUACUGGAAAGAAAUGACAGAAUUUAAAUUAUGUACAAUUUAAAUGUUUUUUAGUGUAGGUGUUCUCAUGGCGUCUUCACAUUGUGUUGUGUAUCAAAAUUUGUGUUUCUAAUAAAAGUUACUGGUUAAA